ACAGAUUCAAGAGUGCAGCAAGAUCGGAGGAACAAGCCAUCUUUGAUGGCGUGUUCAUCGCGAAUGAUGACGACGUUGGAAGAUUCGUUGACUACGUCCAUACCUCAACCAGUCAUGUCUCUGGAAGAGGUGUCUGUGGAGGGCAGUGGUCAGCUGCGCGUGAAACAUCUCAGAAGUCGACAGGAAAAACCGAUGAGGAGGGCCUGGAACUUGCUGUGUGCCGUCAUGGGGUUCUCCUUCGUGCCCUCAAUAUGUUCAGGGGGGAGAUUUUUGCCUACCCCCUGUACCUCCAAAAGCAAAUGGCCUGUAAGCCAGUGACAUUUUUUGCUAUGGAUGUGGCAUGCAAGUACUGGCCUUACCUCCGGAGAGUGACAGAGAAAUGCCCUGAGCUUCAGCAGCUCCUCACCAUGAGGCCAUUUCUUUCUGUUUUUCAUGCCAAAGCUCACGAUUUCAAAUGUGAGGUAAAAUGGAGUGGAGCGUAUCAGGAAGGGGCUGGUUCGACUCUUGGGGAAGAGGUGGAGCAGUGCAAUGCCUUCCUCUCGAGGAUUGCUGUUACCACAAAGCACAUGUCAAAAGCAGGACGCAUAGACAUGCUGACGGUCAUGGCCAUGCGCUGGAACAAACAAAAGUUUGACAACUUGGCUUCCACCCUUGCCCGCCGAUAUCGGAAGGCCACAGUAGCCCUGCAAUGCCAGUUGCAUAACCUGGAGGCCAUGAAAACGGAAAUGGACAUCACAGACAAUCAACUGGAAAGCUGGAUCAUUGAUAUCAAUGAGUGGGCAGAAGCAACAACAUCCCCAAAUGAUGCUGACGUUGCUGCUGUAGCCAGCCGAAUUGAGGAGCUGGUGGCAAGUGUUAAGAGAAGGUCCCAGCGUCUUUAUAAAGAUCAUGACGGAUGCAAAGGACGUGCCGGAUCCGCCGAAAGAUCAGGGAGGAAAAACAAAAUUUAA